AUGGAUCACAAAGAGAUAAGUAAAUCGCAUACUUUUAGCGAAAACGAAAGUAAAUCGUCGAAGCUUGAGACGAAGGAAAUCCAGAGCAGAGAUAUGGCCGAGAGCCGAGAUAUGGCAGAAAGCGGAGAUAUGGCGGAAAGCGGAGAUAGAAAAGUGAAGUAUAAGAAGAUAUUCAAGGACUGCUACUUCUGCAUAGGAGACGUGAGCAGGAGCUACAGAGAGUACUUCGAAGCGUGCAAGGGAAGAUGCUCAGUCUCAGUGGUGUCAUUCAGAAACAGACUGAUAGACAUAGUGCUGAAGAGAGGAGGGGGGCUGGAGGCGUCGCUCUCGCCGUACGUGACACACUUCGUAGUGGAGAGAGCAGGAGCAAGCGAACGCUGGUGGAUAAGAAGAAGAGCGAAGGGCACGCCGAAAAAGUACCACUUCGUGACAGCAAAGUACGUAGUCGAAAGCCACAUGAAGGGAAAAAGGCUUCACGAGAGCUCGUACGUGCCGAAGUUCCUGAAAACGCCAGGAGUGUUGAUACUGCCGCCGUCGAACGAAGGGACGCCAGACAGAGGGGAGAGCGAGCCGUCGACGCCGAGUCCGAGAGGAGAGUCGUACAGAAUCAUGGAAAGCUGGGCGCAGACGCUGGAGGCUGAGGAGCUCGAGGACUUCAAGAGCAUGGACGUGGGAAUAUACAUGAACGGGAACAUAGUCUACAUCUACAUGGAAAACUUCCUGGUGGAAACGCUGGUGGUAGAGGGACUGCGAGUGCCAGCAGCAGUGUACAGCUGCGACCAAGUGAUAUCAGUGAACGCACAAGGAACCGAAGCAGGAAUAAGAAAGGGCAUGCACGUGAAGACGGCGAGAAGCAAGGGCGUCGCAGACCUGAGGCUGGCGAAGUACAACUACGAAAAGGUGGUGGAGAGAGGACUGAGCGUGGUGAGGUUCCUGCGCGAGUACACGACCCACAUACUCUCGCCCUACUACAACGAGUUCUACCUGCAGCUCUCGUACGAGAGAGCGCGAGAGCUGCUGGGGGAGUCGGGGUCGAAGGAGGACGACAAAGAAAACAUGCGCAAACUGGCAGCAAAGAUAUACGCAGAGUUCCCAGGAGAGUGCGUCAUGGGCCUGGGAAAAAACAUGCUGAUAGCGAAGCUGGCGGCGAAGAAGUGCAGGAACCUGAAGGUGAACUCGCAGGAGUCAGAUUACGACUACGAGAUGUCGCCAGUGCUCUCGAUCUACGGAAUUAACGGAGGAGAGUCGCUGGUGUCUGAGAACAUCUGCGUCGUCGACGACGGCUUCAAGUUCCUCAACAACGUGCACCUGAGCGAGAUCCCGGGCGUGGGAGUGCUGUGGCCGGUGCUGAAGAGCAGAGGCCUGCUGACGUGCAACGACGUGCGCAAAAAGGGGACGCCGCUCUGCCUGCAGAGCAUCCUGGGCGGGCGGAUGGGGAAGAUGGUCUACAACUUCUGCUUCGGCUACGACUACAGGUGCUCCAACCUGCCGAAGAAGCAGCUGGACUUCUUUCUUAACAAGUCGUUCAGGACGCGAUCACGGGUGCCCUCUGCACACGUCCGACGAAGUCAGCCCAGUCAACGAAGUCAACCUAAUGAAUGUAGUCAACGAAGUCAACCUAAUGAAUGUAGUCAACGAAGUCAACCCAAUGAGUCUAGUCAACGAAGUCAACCCAAUGAGUCUAGUCAACGCAAUCGACCCAAUGAUCAAAGAAGCCAACAAAGUGAAGAGUCUAUAUUCAAGAAAAUGCUAACUGAUAUCCUUAAGCAGCUCUGCUCAGUCUACUCACUGUUCGACAGGUGCAUAAUCAACUACUCUAUUAAGUAUAAGUGCACAGUGGUAGUGAAGGUGACCGGAAAGGAAGAAUACUCGAGGUGCGUGAGUUCAAUUCUAGAUAAGGAGUCACUGAGGCACACGACGCAGAAACUGUACAGUGAAAUAAAGGAGGAAUUGGGACCUGAGUUAUCAGAUAUGCUAACAAUACAGAUUGAAGUGAAGGACAUAGUGAGAGUAGAUGAGAACAUAAAGUUCAUAGAUAACUUUCUAACAGGAAAAUCACAAUCAUCGCAAAGAAGUAUGAGUAGAAUAAAAGAAGAAGAUGCCAACAAUGGGACUAACAGUAGCAGUAACAAUGGCAGUAACAUGGCGAGUGAAGUGAUGUGCACACCAACGCGUAGAUUCAACGGAUGGAGACUGGAUUCAAUACUGUCAGUGUCAGAAGCACAGGAAGACAGUAAUAAGGCUGAAAACAGUAACGGCAGUAGUAACAAUUGGAGUUUAAAUUCGCACAAAAGCUCAGCGUCGCCACACUCAGUGCCUAGCUCAAAAUCAGCAGACUCAAGAAGAAGAACACCAACAAGAAGAAAGGCAGAAUCGAGCGUAGACACAAAUCAGAGAAGUAGCUCCAGGUCACGAAAACUAGGAAGAGUCACAGAGGGACAGAAGUACAUAACAGAGUACAUUUCGCCGACGCGAUCGGAAAGCAAGGAAGGCAAUAAGCAACUUGAAAGCAGCACACUUUAA